AUGGGUGCCUGGAGCGUGUGCCGGGCGCCGGUGUGCGUCCUGGUGGCCCUGCUCAUGGUGAAGCAGGCAGAGACCCAGAGCCCUGCGGAGCCGAGUUGGGGGAGCUCAGGGUACAGCACAGACGGUGGCUCCGUGGCGUCUGCGUCCGCCCGGCGUGUGAGCUUUGUUCCACCCGUCACCGUCUUCCCCAGCCUGAGUGCCCUGAACCCGGCACACAACGGGCGUGUGUGCAGCACGUGGGGUGACUUCCACUACAAGACCUUCGACGGCGACGUCUUCCGCUUCCCCGGCCUCUGCAACUACGUGUUCUCCGAGCACUGCGGCGCCGCCUACCAGGACUUCAACGUGCAGCUGCGCCGAGGCCUGGCGGGCUCCAGGCCUGUGGUCACCCGUGUUGUCAUCAAGGCCCAGGGGCUGGUGCUGGAGGUGUCCAAUGGCUCUAUCCUGCUCAACGGGCAGCGGGAGGAGCUGCCCUACAGCCGCACUGGCCUCCUGGUGGAGCGGAGCGGGGACUACAUCAAGGUCAGCGUCCGGCUAGUCCUGACCUUCCUGUGGAACGGAGCGGACAGCGCCCUGCUGGAGCUGGACUCCAAAUACGCCAACCAGACCUGCGGCCUGUGUGGGGACUUCAACGGCCUCCCGGCCUUCAACGAGUUCUAUGCCCACAACACCAGGCUGAGCCCUCUGCAGUUUGGGAACCUGCAGAAGCUGGAUGGGCCCACAGAGCUGUGCCCGGACCCGCUGCCCUCGCCGGCCAACAAUUGCACGGAUGAGGAGGGCAUCUGCCGCCACACCCUGCUGGGGUCGGCCUUUGCGGAGUGCCAGGCACUGGUGGACAGUGCCGAGUACCUGGCCGCCUGCACCCAGGACCUGUGCCACUGCCCCACCUGCCCGUGUGCCACCUUUGCGGAAUACUCGCGCCAGUGUGCCCAUGCGGGUGGCCAGCCACAGAACUGGAGACGCCCCGACCUCUGCCCCCAGACCUGCCCCCUCAACAUGCAGCACCAGGAGUGCGGCUCGCCCUGCGCGGACACCUGCUCCAACCCCCAGCGCGCGCAGCUCUGCGAGGAUCACUGCGUGGACGGCUGCUUCUGCCCCCCAGGCACGGUGCUAGAUGAUGUUACGCACUCCGGCUGCCUGCCCCUCGAGCAGUGCCCCUGCACCCACAGCGGCCGCACCUACAGCCCAGGUGCUUCCUUCAACACCACCUGCAGCUCCUGCACCUGUGCUGGGGGGCUGUGGCAGUGCCAGGAUCUGCCGUGUCCGGGCACCUGCUCCGUGCAGGGCGGAGCCCACAUCUCCACCUACGACGAGAAACUCUACGAUCUCCACGGUGACUGCAGCUAUGUCCUGUCCAAGCAAUGUGCUGACGGCAGCUUCACGGUGCUGGCUGAGCUGCGAAAGUGUGGCCUCACGGACAACGAGAACUGCCUCAAAGCAGUGACGCUCAACCUGGACGGCAGGGACACGGCCAUCCGGGUCCAGGCGGACGGCGCGGUGUUCAUGAACUCCAUCUACACGCAGCUGCCCCUGUCGGCAGCCAACAUCACCCUGUUCCGGCCCUCCAGUUUCUUCGUCGUGGUGCAGACGGGCCUGGGGCUGCAGCUGCUGGUGCAGCUGGUGCCUCUCAUGCAGGUGUUCGUCCGGCUGGACCCCGCCCACCAGGGCCAGAUGUGCGGCCUGUGUGGGAACUUCAACCAGAACCAGGCUGACGACUUCACGGCCCUCAGCGGGGUGGUGGAAGCCACGGGUGCAGCCUUUGCCAACACCUGGAAGGCCCAGGCCACCUGUGCCAAUGCCAGGAACAGCUUCGAGGACCCCUGCUCCCUCAGUGUGGAGAAUGAUAACUACGCCCGGCACUGGUGCUCGCGGCUGACGGACCCCGCCGGCGCCUUCUCGCCCUGCCACUCCAUCAUCAACCCCAAACCCUUCCACUCGAACUGCCUGUUUGACACCUGCAACUGUGAGCGCAGCGAGGACUGCCUGUGUGCCGCCCUGUCCUCCUACGUGCUCGCCUGCGCCGCCAAGGGCGUGCGGCUCAGCGGCUGGAGGGACGGCGUCUGCACCAGGUACAUGCAGAGCUGCCCCGAGUCCCAGCGCUACGCCUACGUGGUGGACGCCUGCCAGCCCACCUGCCGCGGCCUGAGCGAGGCUGAUGUCACCUGCGGCGUCGCCUUUGUGCCUGUGGACGGCUGCGCCUGCCCCUCCGGCACCUUCCUCAACGACGCGGGUGCCUGUGUGCCCGCCCGGGAGUGCCCCUGCUACGUUCACGGCACCGUGCUGGCCCCCGGGGAGGUGGUGCAUGAGGAGGGCGCCGUGUGCUCGUGUGCAGGCGGGAAGCUGAGCUGCCUGGGAGCCACCCUGCAGAGAAACACAGGGUGCGCGGCCCCCAUGGUGUACCUGGACUGCAGCAACAGCUCAGCGGGCACCCCUGGGGCCGAGUGCGUCCGGAGCUGCCACACACUGGACGUGGGCUGUUUCAGCACACACUGCGUGUCCGGCUGCGUCUGUCCCCCGGGGCUGGUGUCGGACGGGAGUGGGGGCUGCAUCGCCGAGGAGGACUGUCCCUGCGUGCACAACGAGGCCAUCUACAAGCCUGGGGAGACCAUCAGGGUCGACUGCAACACCUGCACCUGCAGGAACCGGAGGUGGGAGUGCAGCCACCGGCUCUGCCUGGGCACCUGCGUGGCCUAUGGCGAUGGCCACGUCAUCACCUUUGACGGCGAGCGCUACAGCUUCGAAGGCAGCUGCGAGUACACCCUGGCGCAGGACUACUGUGGGGGCAACGCCAGCCACGGGACCUUCCGCGUCAUCACGGAGAACAUCCCCUGUGGGACCACCGGCACCACCUGCUCCAAGGCCAUCAAGCUCUUCGUGGAGAGCUACGAGCUGAUCCUCCAGGAGGGAACCUUUAAGGCGGUGGCCAGAGGGCCGGGCGGGGACCCCCCAUACAGGAUCCGCUACAUGGGCAUCUUCCUGGUCAUUGAGACCCGCGGGAUGGCCGUGUCCUGGGACCGGAAGACCAGCGUGUUCAUCCGGCUGCACCAGGACUACAAGGGCAGGGUCUGCGGCCUGUGCGGGAACUUCGAUGGCAACGCCAUCAACGACUUCACCACGCGGAGCCGGUCCGUGGUGGGGGACUCGCUGGAGUUCGGGAACAGCUGGAAGCUCUCCCCGUCCUGCCCGGACGCCCUGCCGCCCAAGGACCCCUGCACGGCCAACCCCUCCCGAAAGUCCUGGGCCCAGAAGCAGUGCAGCAUCCUCCACGGCCCCACCUUCGCCGCCUGCCGCUCCCAGGUUGACUCCACCAAGUACUACGAGGCCUGCGUGAGUGACGCGUGCGCCUGUGACUCGGGGGGCGACUGUGAGUGCUUCUGCACGGCUGUGGCUGCCUACGCCCAGGCCUGCCACGACGCCGGCCUGUGUGUGUCCUGGCGGACUCCGGACACCUGUCCCUUAUUCUGUGACUUCUACAACCCACACGGGGGCUGUGAGUGGCACUACCAGCCCUGUGGGGCUCCAUGCCUGAAAACCUGCCGGAACCCCAGCGGGCACUGCCUGGUGGACCUGCCCGGCCUAGAAGGCUGUUACCCGAAGUGCCCUCCCAGCCAGCCCUUCUUCAACGAAGACGAGAUGAAGUGCGUGGCCCAGUGUGGCUGCUACGACAAGGACGGAAACUACUAUGACGUGGGGGCCAGGGUCCCCACAGCAGAGAACUGCCAGAGCUGUAACUGCACACCCAGCGGCAUCCAGUGCGCCCACAGCCUUGGGGCCUGCACCUGCAUCUAUGAGGACAGGAUCUAUGGCUACCAGGACAUCAUCUACAACACAACCGAUGGGCUUGGCGCCUGUCUGAUUGCCAUCUGCGGAAGCAACGGCACCAUCGUCAGGAGAGCGGUGGCAUGCCCGGGAACCCCGGCCACCACACCGUUCACCUUCACCACUGCCGUGGUCCCUGGCUCCACAACAGGCUCAGCCCUCCCACUCUCCACCGUGUGUGUCCGUGAGGUCUGCCACUGGUCUGACUGGUACAGUGGGCACCGCCCAGAGCCAGGCCUGGGAGGCGGAGACUUCGAGACGUUUGAAAACCUGAGGCAGAGGGGGUUCCAGGUAUGCGCUGAGCCGGCAGACAUCGAGUGCCGGGCAGAGCAGCUUCCCGACAUGCCGCUGGAGAAGCUGGGCCAGCAGGUAGACUGUGACCGCACGCGGGGGCUGAUGUGUGCCAACAGCCAGCAAAGCCCCCCACUCUGCCACGACUAUGAGCUGCGGGUUCUCUGCUGCGAGUAUGUGCCCUGUGGUGCCUCCCCGGCCCCAGGCACCAGCAUCCAGCCCUCCCUCAGUGCCAGCACAGAGCCCGCCAUGCCCACCCCCACCCAGACCACAGUGACUGAACAGACCACCCUGUGGGUGACCCCGAGUGCCAGGUCGACGGUCACCAGCCCCGUCAGCAGCUCCCCGGCCCCAGCCACCACCGCCUGCCAGCCCCGCUGUCAGUGGACUGAGUGGUUUGACGAGGACUACCCCAAGUCUGAGGAGUUGGGGGGGGAUGUUGAGUCCUACGAUAAGAUCAGGGCUGCGGGAGGGCACCUAUGCAAGCAGCCAGAGGACAUUGAGUGCCAGGCCGAGAGCUUCCCCAACUGGACCCUGGCGCAGGUGGGGCAGAAGGUGCACUGUGACGUCCGCUUCGGCCUGGUAUGCAGGAACUGGGAGCAGGAGGGUGUGUUCAAGAUGUGCUACAACUACAGAAUCCGGGUCCUGUGCUGCAGUGCCGACCACUGCAGGGGACAUGCCACAACCCCGCCACCCGCCACGGAGCCAGAGACGGCCACCACCACCACUACCACCCUGAUCUCAACGCUGCCACCUAUGAGUAGCCCAGAGGUGACCAGGGCUCCCCCGCCCACCACCACAGCAGUCCCCACCCACUCAGAAGGACAGACAUCCCCUAGAUACACAGGCACCCUUGUUACGGCCACCACAGGAGGCCCCACAGCUCCUGCAGGUUCCACAGAGCCCACGGUCCCACAGGUGGCCACAUCUAGCUUUCCAACUCACUCAGCCCUGCCAGGGACCACGAGGAGCUCGGGCACAUGGGGCCCCUCGAAGCCCCCCAUGCCAACCCCAACGACAAUGGCAACCUCCAGAGCUCGCCCAACAGGCACAGCCAGCACCGGCUCCAAAGAGCCACUGACCACCGGCCGGGUGCCAACACUCACGAGCCAUCAGUCCACCACUCAGGCUGAGAUCAGCACGCCCAGGCCAGAGACAACAACACAGGGCCCCAUCACCGAGGCCACCACCAGCCAGGGCACGACCCGAUGUCAGCCGAAGUGUGAGUGGACAGAGUGGUUUGACGUGGACUUCCCAACCUCGGGGGUGACAGGGGGGGACAUGGAAACUUUUGAAAACAUCAGGACUGCUGGGGGCAAGAUGUGCUGGGCACCAGAGCGCAUAGAGUGCCGGGCGGAGAACUACCCCGAGGUGAGCAUCGACCAGAUCGGGCAGGUGCUGACCUGCAGCCUGGAGACUGGGUUGACCUGCAGGAAUGAGGACCAGACAGGCAGGUUCAACAUGUGCUUCAACUACAAUGUGCGUGUGCUCUGCUGUGAUGACUACAGCCACUGCCCCAGCACGGCCGCCCCCACACCCACCUCCUCCACACAGGCACCCAAACCCACCUCCACAGGGGUCACCAUGGGGGCUACCACCCCCACAGCCACUGCUUCCACAGCCACUGCUGCCACAGGGGCCACCACCCCCAUGGCCACUGUCUCCACAGCUACUGCCACCACAGGGGCCAUAACCCCCACAGCCACUGCCUCCACAGCCACUGCUGCCACAGGGGCCACCAUACCCAUGGCCACUGCCUCCACAGUCACUGCUACCAUGGGGGCCACCACCCCUACAACUACUGCCUCCACAGCCACUGCUGCCACAGGGGCUACCACCCCCACAGCCACUGCCAUCUGGAGCACCAGGUCACCAGCAGUAACAAGACCCUCAACUCUGGCCACCACUAAAACUGGCCCCACCUUCUCAAAGACCACAGAAAGGGUGUCCCUCCCCAGUCCCUCUGCCCCUCCAGCUUCCACGACCAACCUCCUCCCUACCAGGAGGCAGGAGACCUCCCAGGCUCUGACCAUGCCUACCAGUCCAGCUGUGCUCAGUACCUCCACAAUGUCCCCCAUGGUGACCACCCCUGUGCACACGACCCUGAGGACUUCCAGCUCUGGGCACACCAUAGGGACCAUCCUGCCCUCCAGCUCCCCAUCUCCCAGCACAGGCUGUGUGCCUCGCUGCACCUGGACAGACUGGUUGGAUGAGGAUUAUCCCAGCCCUGGCCCUGACGGCGGGGACUUCGAGACCUACUCCAACAUUCGCGCGGCCGGGGGUGCCAUCUGCGAGCAGCCGCUGCGCCUCCAGUGCCGUGCCCAGGCCCAGCCUGAUGUUCCUCUGCGGGAGGUGGGCCAGCUCGUGGAAUGCAGCCUGGACUUCGGUCUGGUCUGCAGGAACCGUGAGCAGGUGGGGAAGUUCAAGAUGUGUUUCAACUAUGAAAUCCGAGUGUUCUGCUGCAACUACAGCCAUUGUCCCAGCACCACGGCCAUCAGCUCCACGGCCACACCCUCCUCUACUCUACCUUCUACCACGGUCACCAAGACUUCGGCCACCAGCUCCAUGGCCCCAGCCUCCUACACUCCGCGGACCACCUGGAUCCUUACAGAGCCAACCACUACAGCCACCGUGACAAUAUCCACAGGCUCCACAGCCACCCCCUCCUCCACCACAGGGACAGCUCAGACUCCCACAGUGCUGACCACCACAGCCAACACAACUGUGGCUACUGGAUCCACAGUCACCCCUUCCUCCACUCCGGGGACAGCUCAGACCCCCAUAGCGCUGACCACGACAGCCACCACAACAGUGGCCACUGGAUCCACAGCCACCCCUUCCUCCAGCCCAGGGACCACAGGCACCAUUCCAGCACUUACCACCACAGCCACUACUGUGGCCACUGGCUCCAUGGCAACGCCCUCCUCCAACCCACUUCCUACUGGUGUCACCACGAUGGCAGCCACUGGCUCCACAGCCACCCCCUCCUUCACCCCAAAAACAGCUCACACCUCCAAAUUGCUGACUACCAUGGCCACAGCUUCCAUGCCCACUGGCCACAGAGCCACCCCCUCCUCCAGCCCAGGGACUGCACCCACCCUUCCAAGGCUAAUCACCACCACCACACCCACGACCACUGGCUCCACAGUGAUGCCCUCCUCCAUCUCAGGGACCACGCAAACCUCUGGAGUGCUGACCAACACCGCCACAACUGUGGCCACUGGCUCCAUCAUCACGCCCUCCUCCACUCCAGGGACCACUCGUACAUCCCUAGUGCUGACCACCACGGCCACCACACAUGGGCGAUCCCUGCCCCCCAGCAGUCCCAGCACGGGUCCUAAGGCCUGGACUUCCAUGGGCACCCUGGGGACCACUCACAUCACAGAGCCCUCCACGGUAACUUCCCACACCACAGCAGGAAACACAGGUACCACCACACACUCCACUCCUGCCGUGUCCAGUCCUCACCCUCACGGCAGGACCACUGAGCCACCCCCUUCUCCGGGAAAGACCACCCCAGGCCUCACCACAGCCACCUCCAGAGAGACCCAGACCUCGACCCUGCUGCCGGGAAGUCCCACAUCGGCCCCCACAACCCUGGUGGUGUCCACGGGCUGUGAGCCCCGGUGUGCCUGGUCGGAGUGGCUGGACUACAGCUACCCCACGCUGGGGCCGUCCGGCGGGGACUUCGAGACCUACUCCAACAUCCGCGCGGCCGGGGGAGCCGUCUGCGAGCAGCCGCUGCGCCUCCAGUGCCGUGCCCAGGCCCAGCCUGAUGUUCCCCUGCGGGAGGUGGGCCAGCUCGUGGAAUGCAGCCUGGACUUCGGUCUGGUCUGCAGGAACCGUGAGCAGGUGGGAAAGUUCAAGAUGUGUUUCAACUAUGAAAUCCGAGUGUUCUGCUGCAACUACAGCCAUUGUCCCAGCACCAUGGCCACCAGCUCCACGGCCACACCCUCCUCCACUCUACCUUCUACCACGGUCACCAAGAACUCUGCCACCAGCUCCAUGGCCACGGCCUCCUUCACUCCAAGAACUGUGGUAAUUCCUACCACAGUCACCAAGACUUCAGCCACCAGCUCCAUGGCCACGGUCUCCUCCACUCCACGGACCACCUGGAUCCUUACAGAGCCAACCACUACAGCCACCGUGACUGUGUCCACGGGCUCCGCAGCCACCCCUUCCUCCACCAUAGGGACUACUCAGACCCCCAUAGCGCUGACCACGACAGCCACCACAAUUGUGGCCACUGGAUCCACAGCCACCCCCUCCUUCACCCCCAAAACAGCUCACACCUCCAAAAUGCUGACUACCAUAGCCACAGCUUCCAUGCCCACUGGCCCCAGAGCCAUCCCCUCCUCCAGCCCAGGGACUGCACCCACUCUUCCAGUGCUAAUCACCACCACCACACCCACGACCACUGGCUCCACAGUGAUGCCCUCCUCCAUCCCAGGGACCAUGCAAACCCCCGGAGUGCUGACCAACAACACCACAACUGUGGCCAAUGGCUCCAGGGCAACAACCACCACAACCCCACAGACUGCUGGUCCUCCCACAACAAUGACCACCAUGGCCACCAGGCUCACAGCCACUGGCUCCAUCAUCACGCCCUCCUCCACUCCAGGGACAACUCCCACCCCCCGAGUGCUGACCACCACAGCCACCACACCUGCAGCCAGCAGCACCCCAGCAACUCCCUCUUCUGCCCCAGGGACCACUCCUACAUCCCUAGUGCUGACCACCACGGCCACCACACAUGGGCGAUCCCUGCCCCCCAGCAGUCCCAGCACGGGUCCUAAGGCCUGGACUUCCAUGGGCAGCCCGGGGACCACUCACAUCACAGAGCCCUCCACGGUAACUUCCCACACCACAGCAGGAAACACAGGUACCACCACACACUCCACUCCUGCCGUGUCCAGUCCUCACCCUCACGGCAGGACCACUGAGCCACCCCCUUCUCCGGGAAAGACCACCCCCGGCCUCACCACAGCCACCUCCAGGACCACAGCCACCUCCAGAGAGACCCGACCCUUGACCCUGCUGCCGGGAAGUCCCACAUCGGCCCCCACAACCCUGGUGGUGUCCACGGGCUGUGAGCCCCGGUGUGCCUGGUCGGAGUGGCUGGACUACAGCUACCCCACGCUGGGGCCGUCCGGCGGGGACUUCGAGACCUACUCCAACAUCCGCGCGGCCGGGGGAGCCGUCUGCGAGCAGCCGCUGCGCCUCCAGUGCCGUGCCCAGGCCCAGCCUGAUGUUCCUCUGCGGGAGGUGGGCCAGCUCGUGGAAUGCAGCCUGGACUUCGGUCUGGUCUGCAGGAACCGUGAGCAGGUGGGAAAGUUCAAGAUGUGUUUCAACUAUGAAAUCCGAGUGUUCUGCUGCAACUACAGCCAUUGUCCCAGCACCACGGCCACCAGCUCCACGGCCACACCCUCCUCUACUCUACCUUCUACCAUAGUCACCAAGACUUUAGCCACCAGGUCCAUGGCCAGGGCAUCCUCCACUCCACAGACCACCUGGAUCCUUACAGAGCCAACUGCUACAGCCACCGUGACUGUGUCCACGGGCUCCACAACCACCCCCUCCUCCACCACAGGGACAGCUCAGACUCCCAUAAUGCUGACCACGACAGCCACCACAAUUGUGGCCACUGGAUCCACAGCCACCCCUUCCUCCAGCCCAGGGACCACAGGCACCAUUCCAGCACUUACCACCACAGCCACUACUGUGGCCACUGGCUCCAUGGCAACGCCCUCCUCCAACCCACUUCCUACUGGUGUCACCACGAUGGCAGCCACUGGCUCCACAGCCACCCCCUCCUUCACCCCAAAAACAGCUCACACCUCCAAAUUGCUGACUACCAUGGCCACAGCUUCCAUGCCCACUGGCCACAGAGCCACCCCCUCCUCCAGCCCAGGGACUGCACCCACCCUUCCAAGGCUAAUCACCACCACCACACCCACGACCACUGGCUCCACAGUGAUGCCCUCCUCCAUCCCAGGGACCACACAAACCUCUGGAGUGCUGACCAACAACACCACAACUGUGGCCACUGGCUCCAGGGCAACACCCUCCACCACCCCACAGACUGCUGGUCCUUCCACAACAAUGACCACCAUGGCCACCAGGCUCACGGCCACUGGCUCCAUCAUCACGCCCUCCUCCACUCCAGGGACAACUCCUAUCUCCCGAGUGCUGACCACCACAGCCACCACACCUGCAGCCAGCAGCACCCCAGCAACUCCCUCUUCUGCCCCAGGGACCACUCCUACAUCCCUAGUGCUGACCACCACGGCCACCACACAUGGGCGAUCCCUGCCCCCCAGCAGUCCCAGCACGGGUCCUAAGGCCUGGACUUCCAUGGGCAGCCCGGGGACCACUCACAUCACAGAGCCCUCCACGGUAACUUCCCACACCACAGCAGGAAACACAGGUACCACCACACACUCCACUCCUGCCGUGUCCAGUCCUCACCCUCACGGCAGGACCACUGAGCCACCCCCUUCUCCGGGAAAGACCACCCCCGGCCUCACCACAGCCACCUCCAGGACCACAGCCACCUCCAGAGAGACCCGACCCUCGACCCUGCUGCCGGGAAGCCCCACAUCGGCCCCCACAACCCCGGUGGUGUCCACGGGCUGUGAGCCCCGGUGUGCCUGGUCGGAGUGGCUGGACUACAGCUACCCCAUGCUGGGGCCGUCCGGCGGGGACUUCGAGACCUACUCCAACAUCCGUGCGGCCGGGGGAGCCGUCUGUGAGCAGCCGCUGCGCCUCCAGUGCCGUGCCCAGGCCCAGCCUGAUGUUCCUCUGCGGGAGGUGGGCCAGCUCGUGGAAUGCAGCCUGGACUUCGGCCUGGUCUGCAGGAACCGUGAGCAGGUGGGGAAGUUCAAGAUGUGUUUCAACUAUGAAAUCCGAGUGUUCUGCUGCAACUACAGCCAUUGUCCCAGCACCACGGCCACCAGCUCCACGGCCACACCCUCCUCUACUCUACCUUCUACCAUAGUCACCAAGACUUCGGCCACCAGCUCCAUGGCCACCCCCUCCUCCACUCUACCUUCUACCACAGUCACCAAGAACUCUGCCACCAGCUCCAUGGCCACGGCCUCCUUCACUCCAAGAACUGUGGUAAUUCCUACCACAGUCACCAAGACUUCAGCCACCAGCUCCAUGGCCACGGUCUCCUCCACUCCACAGACCACCUGGAUCCUUACAGAGCCAACCACUAUAGCCACCGUGACUGUGUCCACGGGCUCCUCAGCCACCCCUUCCUCCACCAUAGGGACUACUCAGACCCCCAUAGCGCUGACCACGACAGCCACCACAAUUGUGGCCACUGGAUCCACAGCCACCCCCUCCUCCAGCCCAGGGACCACAGGCACCAUUCCAGCACUUACCACCACAGCCACUACUGUGGCCACUGGUUCCAUGGCCAUGCCCUCCUCCACCCCACUUCCUACUGGUGUCACCACGACGGUGGCCACUGGCUCCACAGCCACCCCCUCCUUCACCCCAAAAACAGCUCACACCUCCAAAGUGCUGACUACCAUGGCCACAGCCUCCAUGCCCACUGGCCCCAGAGCCACCACCUCCUCCAGCCCAGGAACUGCACCCUCCCUUCCAAGUCUGAUCACCACCACCACACCCACGACCACUGGCUCCACAGUGAUGCCCUCCUCCAUCCCAGGGACCACGCAAACCUCUGGAGUGCUGACCAACACCGCCACAACUGUGGCCACUGGCUCCAGGGCAACACCCUCCACCACCCCACAGACUACUGGUUCUCCCACAGCACUGACCACCAUGGCCACCACGCUCAUGGCCACUGGCUCCAUCAUCACUUCCUCCUCCACUCCAGGGACAGUUCCCAUCCCCCGAGUGCUGACCACCACGGCCACCACACCUGCAGCCAGCAGCACCCCAGCAACUCCGUCUUCUGUCCCAGGGACCACCCACACACCCUCAGUGCUGACCACCAUAGCCACCACGGCUGUGGCCACCAGCUCCAUGGCUACUCCCUCCUCCACUCCAGGGACCACCUGGAUCCUCAAAGAGCCAACCACUACAACCACCAUGACCACAUCCAGGGGCUCCACAACCACUCUGCCCUCCAGUUUAGGGACUGUGGUAAUUCCUACCACAGCCACCACAAUGGCGGCCACUGGCUCUGUGGUCACUGGCUCUGCAGCCACCCCGUCCUCUACCCCAGGGACUGCUCAGACCCGCAAUGUCAUUCCUACCACAACCAGUACUACUACAGCCACUGGUGCCAUGGCCACACCCUCUUCCAGCCCAGGGACUGCUCAGACCCCCGAAGUGUUGACUACGACAGUGACCACCAGCUCCACGGGCACACCCUCCUCCAUCUCAGGGACCACCUGGAUCCUCACAGAGCCGACCACUACAGCCACCAUUAUUUCUUCCAUGGGCUCCACAACCGCCUUGUCCUCCACUUCAGGGACCGUGGUAAUUCCUACCACAGCCACCACAACUGCGGCCACUGGCUCCAAAACCACUCUCUCCUCCAGCCCAGGGACUACAAGCACCAUUUCAGUGCUGAGCACCACAGCCACCACGAACAGAUCCAUGGCCACCCCCUCCUCCACUGUAGGGACAGCUCACACCCCCAAAGUGCUGACCACCACAGCCACCAUACCCACAGCCACCAGCUCCACAGUGCCCAGCUCAUCUGCCCUCAGGACCAUCCGAACCCCCACAGUGCUCCCCAGCAGCCUGCCCACCUUCAAUAUGACCACUGCGUCCACCUCGGUCCUCACCACCCUCAUGCCCACUGGCUUCCCCAGCACCCACUUCUCAACUCCGUGCUUCUGUAGGGCAUUUGGACAGCUCUUCUCACCUGGGGAGGUCAUCUACAAUAAGACUGACCGAGCAGGCUGCCAGUUCUAUGCCGUGUGCAACCAGCAUUGUGACAUUGACCGCUUCCAGGGCCCCUGCCCCACCUCCCCACCGCCAGUGUCCUCCACCUCCCCACCCCUGCCCUCCCCUGCCCCCGGCUGUGACAACGCUGUCCCUCCACGGCAGGUCAAUGAGUCCUGGACCCUGGAGAACUGCACUGUGGCGCAGUGCGUGGGUGACAACCGUGUUGUCCUGCUGGAGCCGAAGCCCGUGGCCAACGUCACCUGCGUGAACAAGCACCUGCCCAUCAAAGUGUCGGAGCCCAGCCAGCCUUGCAACUUCCACUAUGAGUGCGAGUGUGUCUGCAGCAUGUGGGGGGGCUCCCACUACUCCACCUUUGACGGCACCUCUUACUCCUUCCGGGGCAACUGCACCUACGUCCUCAUGAGGGAGAUCCACGCGCGCCUUGGGAAUCUCAGCCUCUACCUGGACAGCCAGUACUGCGCGGCCCCCGCCGCCGCCAGCUGUCCCCGGGCCCUCAGCAUCCAUUACAAGUCCGUGGAGAUCGUCCUCACUGUCACCACGGCGCACGGGAAGGAGGAGGGCCUGAUCUUGUUUGACCAAAUUCGGGUGAGCAGCGGCUUCAGCAAGGACGGGGUGCUUGUGUCUGUGACGGGGGCCGCCAUGCGCGUGGACAUUCCCGCCCUGAGUGUGAGCGUCACCUUCGACGGAAACGUCUUCCAGGCCCGGCUGCCCUACAGCCUCUUCCACAACAACACCGAGGGCCAGUGCGGCACCUGCACCAACAGCCAGAGGGACGAUUGCCGCAGUCGGGAUGGAACCAUGGCCGCCAGCUGCAAGGACAUGGCCAAGACGUGGCUGGUCCCCGACAGCAGGAAGGACGGCUGCUGGGCCCCAACCAGCACGCCCCCCACUGCCAGCCCCACGGCCCCAACCUCUGGCGCACCCACCCCCAGCCGGUGCCCGCCGCAGCCGCUCUGUGAUCUGAUGCUGAGCCAGGUCUUUGCCGACUGCCAUGACCUGGUGCCCCCCGGCCCAUUCUUCAACGCCUGCGUCAGUGACGGCUGCCGGGGCCGCCCCGAGGUGCCCUGCCAGAGCCUGGAGGCCUACGCGGCGCUCUGCCGCGCACGGGGGGUGUGCAGUGACUGGCGGGGUGCGGCCGGCGGCCUGUGUGAUCUCACCUGCCCGCCCACCAAAGUGUACAAGCCGUGCGGCCCCAUACAGCCUGCCUCCUGCAACUCCAGGAACCAGAGCCCACAGCUGGAGGGGCUGGCGGAGGGCUGCUUCUGCCCCGAAGACCAGAUCCUCUUCAACGAACACACGGGCAUCUGCGUGCCGGCCUGCCCCUGCGUGGGACCGGAUGGCUUUCCCAAAUCUCCUGGGGAGCGGUGGGUCAGCAACUGCCAGGCCUGCGUGUGUGACGAGGGCUCAGUGUCAGUGCAGUGCCAGCCCCUGCCCUGUGAGGCCCAGGGCCAGCCCCCCACGUGCACCCGCCCCGGCUUCCAGACUGUGACCAGGCCCCGGGCCAACGACCCCUGCUGCCCUGAGACACUGUGCGUAUGCAACACCACCACCUGUCCCCAGAGCCCGCCCGUGUGCCCGCCAGGCCAGGAGCCCUACCGCACCCAGGAGGAGGGCGACUGCUGUCCCACCUUCCGCUGCAGACCUCAGCUGUGUACUUACAAUGGCACCUUCUACGGGGUUGGUACAACAUUCCCAGGGACCCUUCCCUGCCACACGUGCACCUGCCUCUCUGGGGACACCCAGAAUCCAACAGUGCAGUGUCAGGAGAAUGCCUGCAACAAUGCCACCUGCCCCCAGGGCUUUGAGUACAAGAGCGUGGCCGGGCAGUGCUGCAGGGAGUGCGUGCAGACAGCCUGCCUCACGCCCGACGGCCGGCCCGUCCAGCUGAACGAAACCUGGGUCAACAGCCCUGUGGACAACUGCACCGUGUACCGCUGUGAGGUCGAGAGCGGACUCCAUCUGCUGACCCCACAGCCUGCAUCCUGCCCAGAUGUGUCCAGCUGCAGGGGGAGCCUCAGGAAAACCGGCUGCUGCUACUCCUGUGAGGAGGACUCCUGUCAAGUCCGCGUCAACACAACCGUUCUGCGGCACCAGGGCUGCGAGACCCAGGCUGCGGUCAACAUCACCUUCUGUGAGGGCUCCUGCCCCGGAGCGUCCAAGUACUCAGCGGAGGCCCAGGCCAUGCGGCACGAGUGCACCUGCUGCCAGGAGAGGCGGGUCCACGAGGAGACCAUAGCCUUGCGCUGUCCUGAUGGCUCAGCUGUCCUGCACACAUACGUCCACGUGGAUGAGUGUGGCUGCACGCCCUUCUGCGUCCCCGAGCCCGUGGCUCCCACACACACCCCUGGCUUCCCGGUCUAGGAGGCCACUGCCGUCUGA